CAAAGGUGAAAUGUGUGCUGAUUAAAAAAUGUUUUUGUUUCCUAUAUUUUGUCUUAAUCUGCAGGAUUUGGUCAAUUUAAUCCAUUUUAGAAGCAACGGAUUCACACUCUACUGUUAAAGAAUACUAAUAAUUUGGUUUCUUUACAGUUCUAUUCAGGAGGAACGCCAUCAUGAACUGGCGCAAGCGCAACAAACAGCACCGGUGCCACAAACAUCGCUUCCCUGUAAUCCUUGUGGUGGUUUAAAACUCGUCAGUCAGGUCCGUGGGGUCCGCAUUCCAGUGUACUAGUGGACGCUGAGAGAGUGUUUUGCGUGAGUUUUAUGGAUGAAGCGAGUGAAUCAAAACGGGGAUGAAAAUGGAGUAAUUUACCGGAGCAAGGUGCAUCCUGACGCCAGGCGUUUUUCGCCGGUUUUUCCGGAAUAAACAGAUACAACAAAGAGGUGAAAAAUUUUUUGGACCUGUUAGCAAGACGCUGUUCACUGGAAGAAAAAAAGAAAAAGGAAUGUGUCAAGAUGCGACCUGUGCCUUCCCUUUCCGGCUUCAUCACAGUCUUCCUCUUUGUUCUACGAUGCUGCGCAUCUGGACAAAAGCAGGAAUUAGGAAUGACCUUUAUUCGACAUCCUCAACCCUUUAUAGCUCCUCUUGGCGAUGAUGUAUUUCUUGAGUGUAAUCUCAAUCUAGCACCAGAGAAAUUUGUAUGGCGUCACAGGCCAUUAGGUUCUAAUAAAUGGGAGCCGUUUAAUCAGGCUGCAAAUAGCAGUGGCAAAGCUUCCAUACUUACUGUGAAUUUUGAUCAUAAAUCAAAAGCCGGCGACUAUCGAUGCAUCGCCUUUUACGGAACGAGUGGUUUGGCAUCGGAUCCAGCUCGUUUGACACUAGCAACGAUAGACAAGUUCUCUGAUAAAAAUGAUGUUGAAAUAAAAGUACCUGUUGGAAAUACUGUGCCAAUAACAUGUCCGCUCCCAUAUUCCGCACCCGAGCCAGAUAUUCUAUUUUUUAAGGACCUUAGACCAGUGAAAAAUACCACAUUAACAAGUGGUAAAACAUUAAUUAUCGAAAAUGCCCGUCCCUCUGAUUCUGGGAAAUAUCAUUGUACAGCAAAUAAUUAUUUAUCAGGACAAAUGUAUCUCAGUAAUCAUAAUACAAUUCUCACUGUUGAACCAACGCAGACAUUGCAGAAUUCCUAUUUUAUUAAACAACCGCAGACUAAAUAUAAAGUGUUGAGGGGGAAAAAUGUAACGUUAGAAUGUUUUGGAGCCGGUUAUCCAGUGCCUCAAGUGACAUGGUCGAAAUUGGGAAAACCAUUACCCUCACGUUCAACAUCAACUGCAAUGGGUUUGACGAUAACCAACGUUCAACCGUCCGAUCAAGGUGAAUACGAUUGUGCCUGGAAUAAUGGAAAAUAUCCAUUGAAAUUGAUGAUUAUUUUAAUUGUCGUUGAACCGCCGAGAGUGUUGAAAGGACCGAAGGGAUUGACAUUUGCCGAGGGCGGUGAAUUGGAAUUAUCGUGCUCUGUUUCUGGACAACCAGAACCAACGAUUGAGUGGUUGAUUAAUGGCGAAACACUCACUGUUAAUAAUAAUGUGGAAAUAAGAGGCGCAACACUCUCGAUUUCUUCGGUGGAAAAGAAACACGCUGGUAUUGUUCAGUGUGUUGCAAGCAAUGAAUAUGGAUCGCAUUCGGGUUAUAAUUUUCUUAGAGUCACCCCCAAGCAGCACGUUGGUGGAGCUCUUGAAUCGAGACAUGAAUACGGAAUUCCAAAUUCUUCACAUAAACACACGAGGAUCGGUGGACGAAGACGGGGAAAGGAUGGCAAACGCAAAGGACCCGACGUUUUGGUACCGCCAGAACAGCCAAACGUGACAAGAUUAUCAGACACUUCGGUAAUGGUACGAUGGUCCGUCCCAGAGAAUAAUGGACUUGAAAUUCAAUUCUUCAAGGUACAAUAUCGUGAACUCGGUCAAAGAAUGAAUGGAAAACAAGCAAAAUGGAUGACAGCAAAUACAGAAAUACCGAAUCACGUUCGUUCCUUUGAGGUUUCCGAUUUACAACCAAAUCAUACAUAUCGUUUUCGAAUUGCCGCCGUCUAUUCAAAUAAUGACAAUAAACUCAGUCCGAAUUCAGUUCGUUUCCAUUUAAAUCGCAGUACAUCAAUAAAUAGCGAUAAAAUGCCAAUACCAUUAUUCACCAAUACAGAAUCAUUGAGUCCCCAUCGAAUUUUACUUCUCUGGCAAAAUCCCGAUCGUACGGCAAAUAUCGAUGGUUUCUAUGUUUAUCAUCGUGCAUCAACAACGGCUGGCGAUUAUAUCAAAACAACAGUCGAAGGAAAGAAUUCAACGCGAAUUGUCAUUUCACAUUUACAAUCGGAUACAACGUAUGAAUUUAAGGUUCAGAGUUUUUCGACAGACGCCGCUUCUGAAUUCUCGAAAAUUCUCAGAGAGAAAACAAAGAAAUUACCGGUUCCCGAUGUGCCCGUUCAACAAGUUAAAGUUGAGAAUGAACAAAAACCAGUGGAGACGCCAAGGAAUUCGAAUAUGUACGCGAUUGUUGGCGGAGUUCUUGGAGGUGCGAUUCUUCUUGGAGGACUUGCCGCCAUCACUGUCGCUUAUAAGAAGAGAAAAUUUAAGCAAAGUCGCGAUUCUUCCCAGGAUCAAGCGAAACCAAUAACGAAUGGACGAGUGUUGAAUGGAGGAAUAACGGACUCGAAGAUAAACAUAACAUCAAAUCCAUUGGCCGGUCUCGAUCCAGUUGACGAUGCGCAUCAGCCCAAGAGCGGUCAUCAGUCAUCAAUGGAAAUGGCCUCGUUUCUAAACGGGCAGAACAACAACAGCAACCUCCAUCACAAUGUGGAAACGACAACCGGGUCAACCGUCAACUCGAUGCUCAAGGAAUCAGCCCUUCAUCACGGACCUCCAGUGCCACUUGAUCAACAUCUGUGAAUCGUGAUCAUCAUCAUCUUCAUCAUCAACGUCAUCAUCAUCAUCAUCAUCAUCUUCGUCAUCAUCCCAUCCACUACUUUAUUUAUUCGAUGAACAACGUCAACGAGAUUCAGAGGAAAAAAGGUUUUUUUAAGAUUAAGAUUUUUUUUUAAAAUAGAAUUUCUCGUUUUAUUGCCUUUUUUGCAAUACGAGAAUUUUACGGCCUACGAACUGAGAUGUAUAGAUUUCUUUUUUUCUUAUAUAUAUAUACUCUUCAGUGAACUGAUAAAAAUUACGUCCGUCUAUUGUUGACGCUUGUGGGAUUACCGAGAAACUAUCUGCUUUUUUUGACAAUUCAAUUGUAUCGUGACGAUUUAAAAUCGUCACAAGGAAAUUUUUUUCACAAAACAAAGUGCGUUAGCUUGAAAUUUGUGUCGUAAAUACUAAUUUCGUUUUUUCUUUUAACGGAAGAAAAUUAUACGCGAGGUGAAUUUAUUUGUAUUUUUGUACCGUUGAUUAUUUAACUUGUUUUCUUUUUAAAGUGAUUUUUAUUGUUUCUCGAUUUUUUUGUUGAUCUUUUUAUCGAUUAGAAAUGAAGAAGAAUCGUUUUGAAUGAUUUUAAUUUCAUUGAGUUUUUCAGACUUGUUUUGAAAACGAUUUUAAACGUUGAAUGACUUUUUUUAAUCAUUUUAAUAUUAUUGAGUGUAAUAUUAAUUAUUGGUUAAUAUUAUAUUAAUUAAAAUUAUCCACAUUUUUAUUAAUGCCACGUUUUUAUUAAUGUCACUUCUUUAUUAACGCCAUUUCUUUAUUAAUGCCAAAACUUUAUUAAUAUCACAUUUUUGUUAAUAUAAAUUAUUCAAUCAAUUAAUUAUCAAAAUAUAUAUUUUUAAUUAAUAACUAAGAAAUGAAUCAGGGUUGCCACAGGUCAGGGAAAUCAGGGAAA